ACCACCCCUGAUCCCGGUGACAUCGUAUGCAUAUCUCACGCAGCUUUAUAAGACGUGCUAUACUCUGCGCACAGUUGUACUUUCAUUUUGCUAUCUUCCCUUACAGCUCACCACUCUCUUCAACAUGAAGGCGUUCACUGCUACCGCUCUGGCGCUUGUCGCACCCGCAACUGCACUGCUGCGCUUCCCAUGCGCUCAGCUAGUCAUCGACAGGUUGGAUCCGCUGGUCACGCCUGGCCAGGCUCCAUCUCCACACUUACAUCAAAUUCUGGGGGGUAACUCUUUCAAUGUUACCAUGGACCCGGAAAAGGACAUGCCAGGGGAGUCGACAUGUACAUCUUGCCAGUUCAGCGAGGACUUUUCCAACUACUGGACAGCCGUGCUAUACUUCAAAGCCCGAAACGGCACAUACAAGCGCGUCCCUCAGAUUCCCAACUCAGGCUUCAACGGCGUCAACGGAGGCAUGACAGUAUAUUACAUGCAAGAUGGGCUUUACAACUUCCAGCAAACCUCCAAAGUCCAGGCCUUCCAGCCCGGCUUCCGCAUGUUCAUUGGCGACGUGAAUGCCCGUACCAAGGAAGAAGCCGAGCGCUUCCGCCAAUUGACAUUCACUUGUCUAGACAACAUCAAUACGCGUGAUCCGCAGACUCUUGAUUUCCCCACCCAACCAUGCAAGACGGGCAUCAUGACCGCAGUUCGCUUCCCCACCUGCUGGGACGGAGUCAACCUUGAUUCCCCAGAUCAUAUGGCACACAUGAGUUACCCCGAGUUCGGCUCCUUUGAAUCUGGCGGUCCCUGUCCCGCCAGUCAUCCCGUACGCAUGGGUCAACUCUUCUACGAAGUCAUCUGGGACACAAGCAAGUUUAACAACAAGGCUGAUUGGCCUGAGGAUGGUAGUCAACCAUUCGUCUGGAGUUUCGGCGAUGGGACGGGUUACGCGAACCACGGAGAUUACCUGUUCGGCUGGCAAGGCGACGCGCUCCAACGUGCUCUUGACUCGCCUUGCUAUCAGAACUGUCCUACGCUUAAGACGCAGAAUGCUGCUGCGAUGAACAAGUGCACGGUUCCGCGUGUCGUGAAAGAAGAGAUUGAUGCUUGGGUUAGUGAGCUACCCGGUGGCCACCAGGCGCAAUAUGUCAGGAAGCGGUGGGCUGAGUAAAUUCGAUACCCGUUCAUGAAGUAGACAGCACCGAGACAUUUCAGGUGGGAGUUAGGAAAUUAUAACUAUUGACUAUGACUGUAGGAGCUAUCUGAGUUUGUAGAAACGAUACGUGCAAGGCGCGCGUUCUUGGCGUCUUUUCUUGCCUUGCAG